CGAAUUUUUAAUUGUAAGCUCUUACCUUUUUAUUUUACUUCCAAUAAAAAUUUUUUUAGAAAUCACAGGCAAUUCUCAGUCCUCACAAUUCAUUUUAUUUUUACUUGUUUCAAAAAAGUCAAUAGCGCUUGGCAAUAGAUAUACACAUUUUUUUAUUUAUUCCAGCUGGCAUUUAAAAAUACGAGAAUAGGAGAAAUAAUAGUAGCUUUGUUUUUAAUUGCUACACUAAAUCUCAUUUCAUUUUUAAGUUUCCUUUUUAUUUUGAGAAUCAAAAAACUUUUAUUUGUUUAAGAUUUCGGUAACAUCAUAAGAAUAAUAUCUUUUAUUGAUUAGCUUAUCUAUUGUUUUAAGGAACAUUCCGUGUUUUUAUUUUCAAAUUUGUUUUAGAAUAUAAUUAUCAAAAAUACUAUUAUUCUACACUAAUUUAAAGCUUCAAUAAUGGCAGUAGACGCGCAACAAAUAAUUGAACUCAUUCUUUGUAUUAUUCUUCCACCUUUGGCUAUUUUCAUUCACGCAAAUUCGGAUUGUAAUGUUCACGUACUCAUAUCCAUUGUUCUUUGUUUUCUACUCUGGUUCCCGGCUGUAUUACACGCAUUGUGGUAUUGCUUCUUCACUUAA